AUGGCUGAACCUGCAACAGAGGACAAGCCUCAACAGUACUCCGAGUCGGAUAAGCGACCAUCGGUUGAGCCAGGUUCUGUAACAGCCUCUAAGACAGCUGACGUCGAGAUGAACAAGGUCAAUGAAAAGUCACUGCUUCGAAAGCUCGACAUUCGUUUGUUGCCUGCCGUCGGCAUCCUCUAUCUUCUAUCCUUCUUGGAUCGCAGCAAUGUGGGCAACGCGAGAAUCGAGGGUCUCGCAUCAGACCUUGGUAUGACGGGCAACCAGUACCUGACUGGUCUGACUCUCUACUUCAUCGGUUAUGUCAUCUUUGAGAUUCCGUGCAACAUCGUCCUCAAACGGACAACACCCAGGUUCUGGUUACCCACCCUCACCAUCCUAUGGGGUAUCGUGGCCACCCUGAUGGGCAUUGUUCAGGACCUCACUGGCUUCUUCAUCGCCCGUUUCUUUCUCGGUGUCGCUGAGAGUGGUCUCUUCCCCGGCGUAGUCUACUACUUCUCCAUGUGGUACAAGCGCCGCGAGAGACAGUUCCGCAUUUCACUUUUCUUCGGAGCCGCCGCCCUUGCCGGAUCCUUCGGUGGUAUCCUAGCCUAUGGCAUCAGCUUCAUGCGCGGCACCGUCUGGGAGCACGGUUGGCGCUGGAUCUUCAUCCUCGAGGGUAUCGCCACAGUCGUUGUAGCUGUGGCAGCGUACUGGUUUAUAUACAACUACCCAGACACUGCCGAGUUUCUCACGGACAAGGAGCGCAAGUUCAUCCAUGCCCGUCUGGCUUCAGAUAGCGAUGCCACCCACGACGAGAGCUUCACCUGGGACAAUGUCCUGCGCGCCUUGAAGGACCCAAAGUGCUGGCUCUACGGACUGAGUUUCCACACCAUGAGCUUACCUCUCUACACCUUCUCCCUGUUUUUGCCCUCCAUUAUCAGCGCCCUAGGCUACCGCGCCGCAACCGCCCAACUCCUCACCAUCCCGCCCUACGCCUUCGCCUUCCUCACCACCCUCACCGUCGCCACCGUUUCCGAGCGCCUCCACAAGCGCGCCAUCUUCAUCAUCGGCUCCGCCAUCUUCGCCAUAAUCGGCUACAGCAUGCUGCUCGCCAACAAAGACCCCAUCGCCCGCCCCGGUCUCUCGUACGCCGGCACCUUCUUCGCUGCGGGAGGUAUCUACCCCGCCACGGCCCUGGCCCUGUCCUGGCCAGCCAUUAACGUAUCGGGACAGACCAAGAGGGCGGUGGCGAACGCGAUGCAGAUCAGUAUCGGCAACUUGGGCGCUGUGCUGGGCACGCAGUUGUACAGGAGCGGGGAUGGGCCGAGGUAUAUCGUCGGUCACAGCUUUGCGUUGGGGUAUCUGGCGGGGAACGUAAUUGUUUCGAGCCUGCUGUAUUUCAUCUUGAGCAGGGAGAAUAAGAGGCGGGAUGGGAUUGCGCCGGAGGUGGAGGAGGUUGGGCAUUUGGUGGAUUGGGACGGGGAUGAGGAUCCUAGGUGGAGGUUUCAGUACUAG